UCACUGUUUUGUGAAAGGAGCCACAAAAAGGAAGGAAGGAGCGACUGUCACACAACGACCAAGAGAAAGAGAGAAAAGAGGGGAGGGGCGGAGGGGCAAGACAUAAACGAGCCUGGCAGCAAGAUUGUCACUUGUUUUCAGAAGGAGCUGAGAACUAACAAGUGAAGAAGACGAAAAUGGUUCGGUGGUUCCAUAGGGAUAUUUCUGGCUUGGAAGCUGAGUCUUUGUUGAAGAGCAGAGGAAUUAAUGGCAGCUUCCUAGCCCGACCCAGUAGGAAAAACCAGGGAGACUUCUCUCUCUCUGUCAGGGUGGGUGAGGCUGUGACCCACAUUCGUAUCCAGAACACAGGGGACUUCUAUGACCUGUAUGGAGGAGAGAAGUUUGCCACGCUCUCUGAGCUGGUGGAUUACUACACUGCAGAGAACGGGAUCCUGCAGGACAAGGACGGCACCACCAUUGAGCUCAAAUACCCCCUUAACUGCUCCGACCCCACCACCGAGAGGUGGUACCACGGGCACCUGUCGGGCUCCAACGCAGAGAAGUUACUAUGGGAACGGGAUGAGCCUGGGACCUUCCUGGUGCGCCAGUCUCUGUCCAAACCUGGAGACUUUGUCCUGUCUGUCCUCACAGAGGAGAAGACCAAGGCUUCCAGUGGGGGUAGGAGAGUCUCACACAUCAAGAUAAUGUGCCAGAAUGACCGGUAUACAGUGGGAGGGACUGAGAUGUUUGACUCCUUGACUGAUCUGGUGGAACACUACAAACGCAAAGGAAUUGAAGAGCUGUCUGGAACCUGGGUGUAUCUGAAACAGCCCUACUACUCCACGAGAGUGAAUGCAGCAGACAUUGACAGCAGAGUGAGACUGCUGGACCAGACGGCAGAGGGAGAAAAUCAGGGAGAGGGAGACAAGAAGAGCAAAGCUGGAUUCUGGGAGGAGUUUGACGCACUUCAAAAGCAGGAGACAAAAGUGAAAAAGAGCAGGGAGGAAGGAAUGAGACCAGAAAACAAAAGCAAAAACCGGUAUAAGAACAUCCUUCCCUUUGAUGAGACCAGGGUCAUUCUGCAAUCUAGAGACCCCAAUAUCAUUGGCUCUGAUUACAUAAACGGAAACUAUGUGAAGAAUAAGUUGCAGGAGCCUGGUGACCAGAAGGUGUAUAUUGCCACCCAGGGCUGCCUUGCAACCACGGUUAAUGAUUUCUGGCAGAUGGUGUGGCAGGAGAGGACUAGGGUCAUUGUCAUGACAACCAGGGAGGUCGAGAAAGGACGGAAUAAAUGUGUGCCGUACUGGCCAGAAUUGAACGAGUUCAAAGAGGUAGGCCCAUAUAUGGUCCAAUGUGUGGAUGAGAGAGAUGCAAUUGACUACAAAAUCAGGAUACUGGAUAUUUUCCCUAUGAACCAGUCUGACUCACGCCGUACCAUCUGGCACUACCAGUACCUAAGCUGGCCUGACCACGGGGUGCCCCAGGAGCCAGGGGGCGUGCUUAGUUUCCUCGGUCAGGUCAACAGCAAACAACUUGAUUUCCCCAAUGCCGGACCGAUGGUCAUCCACUGCAGUGCUGGAAUAGGCAGAACUGGUACCAUUGUGGUGAUUGACAUGAUCAUUGAAACAAUUGACUCUAAAGGUCUGGAUUGUGAGAUAGACAUCCAGAAAAGCAUCCAGAUGGUACGAGAGCAGCGGUCAGGCAUGGUGCAGACAGAGGCCCAGUACAAAUUCAUCUACCUGGCUGUCUCUCAGUACAUAGAGGCCUCCAAGGCCUCCAUGGUGGCCAGCAAGGGAGCCGAAACAGAGUAUGGAAAUUUGCAGCUUAAACAUCCGGUGGCUAGUCGCAAGGUUUCCAGAAACAAGGAACAAGAAGUGUAUGAGAACAUUUCCAAAGCAAAGAAAGAUGUGAAGAAGCAGAAGUCAGAAGAAAAGAAGAGUGGUUCAGUGAGGAAACGAUAGAAGACAGAAGGGGAGAUUUGUGUCCCACUGAAUCUAUACUGAAUAAUAAGAUAUAAACGUUUUAUUAUAAAAAAUAUUGGUUUUUAAUUUAAAUGAAAAAGUAGAUUCCUAUGAUGGGAUUAAUGUUAGAAAGCAAAGUACUGAUAGAUCUGGGCCCAUGCACCAUAACACCCAAAACAAUAUGUAAAUGCAAAUGGUAAUGGAUUGAGAUUUUUGCAGACAUUAAAGGCUCCAAAUAACA